UUUGACGCACCGCGAUGACUGAAUCAGCCGCGGCGGCUACAACAGAGGGGGGGUGAACGCGCGGCGCGGGGGAGAAGUCGGUGUUUCGUUGACUGAACCUUGGCUAACUCCGUGCUCUGUCUCUCGGAUAUAACCGACACCCACCUAGCGGAGAGGGGGAAAAGUAUGGCGACGUUGGCACCGGAGUCGACUCGCCCUCCUCUGUCGCAGCUCGGUUCUUCUCCGUCGGUCCAGACGCACAUGGGCAGCGCUAACCUGCCGCCCAACCGAGGCUUGGAGCGGGCACUGGAGGAGGCGGCGGCCAGCGGCGGCCUCAAACUCCGCUCCCGAAAACCGAAGGAAGCCGCCAACCACGACCUGACGGACACGGUGGAGGCAGAUCUGUCAAAGAACCGACUGGCCGACAUGCCUUCAGACAUCUGCCACCUGGUCGCCCUGGAGACACUAAACCUGUAUCACAACUGCCUCAGGACCAUCCCAGACAGCAUCAUCGGCCUGCAGUCGCUCACCUCCUUAAACCUCAGGUACACACACAAAAAAAAUCUUCCGGCCUGUCUGUGUGGUCUGCCUCUGAGAGUCCUCAAUGCCAGCAAAAACAAGCUGGUGAGCCUGCCCGAGACCGUCGGACAGCUGCACGGCCUCAUGGAGCUGGACAUAAGCUGCAACGAGAUCACGGCUCUGCCUCGUCACAUCGGCAGACUCAAAGCUCUGCGAGAACUGAACGUUCGCCGGAACCUUCUCUGCGUCCUGCCAGAAGACCUGGCUGACCUUCCUCUGGUGAAGUUUGACUUCUCCUGUAACAAGGUGUCAACCAUCCCAGUGCGUUACAGGAAGAUGAAACAGCUCCAGUCGCUCCAGUUAGAAAACAACCCACUGCAGAGUCCACCCGCACAGAUCUGUAUAAAGGGUAAAGUUCACAUAUUCAAGUAUCUGAGCAUCGAGGCAUGUCGCAGUGAGAAGAUGCCUGACUCUCUCUACCUGCCUGUCAUGGAGCGACUCAGCCUGUCACGGCCCACCACCGACAGUGUGGAGGACAUGGAGCAGCAGAAGAAGCAGGACAGCGACUCAGGAGUCGGCAGCGACAACGGGGACAAGAGGCUGUCUGCUACUGAGCCGUCAGAUGAGGACAGUCUGAGUCUCAAUGUGCCGAUGAGCCACAUCACAGAGGAGGAGGGACUCAGUAAGGACGACUCCAGUGAGCACAUCAGCUCCCUGACAGCAGAUCCAAACUCCGACUCAGUCCGUCUGAUUGAGGAGAGUCCUACGGAGGCCCUGAGGGACCAGUUCAGCUACAGAGACUCUGGUCUCAGUGCUCGCUUUGUCAACUACAUCAAGGGUCGGACGGCAGCAGACUUUGACGAGCCCCUCAGGAUAGAAGAAGAGUCACAGUGGCCAACGCAACAAAAGCCAAAGGUCACGGGGGGCACAGAGCUCCACAUUGACAUGAUCAGUCAGCUGAAGGAGGCUGUGGAGCUGCUGCAGGACCCUAGCGGAGUGAGCACGGAGCUUGAUGACCUGCCUGGAGUUCAGCUCUACACGGUGGAAAUGGUCACGGUGGACGAGUCGCUCAAUGGGCAGGACAGCGACGACGGUGCCACCACACCAAAGCAAGAUGACAGAUCUCCAGCCAGCGGACCUCCAUUCUUCUCCAGCCCACCGUUUGGACUGAAGCCCCGUUCAGUGUUCCUGCGGAGUCACAAGAGUCUGGAGUCUGUGGAUCCUCAGUUCACCAUGAGAAGAAAGAUGGAGCAGCUCCGGGAGGAGCUGGAGCUCAUGGAGCAGCUCAGAGAUAGCAUCGAGAGCAGGCUGAAGGUCGACCUCCCCGAAGACCUGGGUUCGUCUCUGAUGGACGGUGUUGUGCUCUGCCAUCUGGCCAAUCACAUUCGCCCACGCUCUGUCGCCAGCAUCCAUGUCCCCUCGCCUGCAGUGCCCAAACUUAGCAUGGCCAAGUGCCGGAGAAAUGUGGAGAGCUUCCUGGACGCCUGCAGGAAGAUCGGUGUACCAGAGUCUUCCCUCUGUUCGCCCUAUGACAUCAUCCAGUGCCACCUUCAGCCAGUUUGCGUUGCAGUUCUGGCGCUGGUUGCCUUGGAUGCAACCUCUCCAGCCAGGAAAUGGGAAGAGGUACUCAUGACUCCAUACCCCACCUCCACCAGGGUGUCAAACACUCCCUCACUGGUUUCAGUGACCACCCAAACCCCGUCUCCCGCCUGGCAAAUCUGGGACUUUAUCGGCUCGAGUCUGGUUCACAUCCUGUGCCUAGUUCUGCUCUUCGUGGCCUAUACUUGGAGCGAGCUGACGUAACCUUGACAGCAGCCUCCUGUCAAUCACCUGCCUGCCCAGGCCCCUCCUCCUUGUUUUUGCUGCAUUUAUGUCACAUGGGAAGAAUCUUACUAAAAAAAAAUCACUCCUCCUGUCCAGAGAGCUUCCUUCCUAAACUGAUUUCAGUGGAAGAGAGAGAGGAUAAAACAGACGACUUUACUGCGAAGUUCAAAUGGAAGCUUAUGUGAAACUGGAACAGCCUAAAUUAUUUAAAUCAGGUCUUUUUAGAUUGUGAAUCCCUCUUGGAGCGUUUCCACCACAUCCACCAGUUUAUUUUGACAUGCCUCCUAACACAGAACAGUACUGGGUGGAAAUGUGCUUUAAUUAGCAUUUUAUCCUAAACGUUGUGCUCAAUUUGUGCUACAUUUACAUGGAAGCUUCACUACAGUCCAGUUCUGCUGAGCUGUGUGGAGGGACAGCAACACAAAGUCCGAAUUUGCUAUUAAAAGUUAUAGGAAAGUCACUUGUUUAUAUCAUCUGACCUUUUAAAUGUAUGUUUGUACAGAACAAGGAGUGUGGGUUUUUUCCCGUCACUUGCAUUGAAAUUUCUUCAUGAAGGGAUCCCUUUGCAUUGUGGACAACAGGGAGAGUGACUAGUGAUGCUUUCAGAGCAUGUGAGGGUUGUUUCACUAUGGACUUGUCAGCAGUUCUGUAGCCUCAUUAACAAACUGUGGGUUUGUGUCGUGCAGAACCAUCAAACAGCAAGUUCAAACAAACCCGCUUCCAGUGUAAUGUCCCCAUGUGGGAUGAUGCUUUUAAACCAGAUCAAUACUGUUGGGCCCAUGUGAUGUGAAUGCAGCGUUAGCGUGAACCAACGCUUCUCUCUUCACCUUCUGCCCGUUCAUUUCCCCUUCUCGUCUCAGAUGUGUCCCUGCAGUCAACUGACUCUGAAACUGAACUGAAGCAGUAAAUAUAUGGUUACUUGAAGUCACUGAUGUCUUAUCGACAUGUUGUACAGUGGGGAUUUGUGAUCUGUGCAGGAGGGAGAGGGGUGAUUCCAGUCUGAGGCUGUGCCCUGCUUCUGGAUGCAUUGAAAGUUACAGUUGAACAAAACCACUGACUUGUGCCCAUGACCAAGUGGUACAGUUAGAAACUGUCUCCCUGAUGAAACGGAGUCAGCGGUAGUGUUCACACAGUGAGCGCUCCACACUGAGCAGCCCAGUGUUUCUGAGGGAGCAGUAGCUGGCAGACAUUUGGAACCACAGUGGAGGUCGACUGGACAAGUGGCUGGAGACGAAUCAGAACAGCUAACAUCUGUUGCUAUGUCCAUUUACUUUGGCGUAACUAGUGUGUGAUAGUGUGAUAAGUUGUUCAGGUGUAGAUUAUGGUUGUGGCGUCUGUUAAACUUCUUAUAGGACUGUAAUCCAAUAAAACAGGUUCUUUACUGCCACUUACUGGCUAAAGAUGCUCUUCAAGGCUGUAACUGAAAGUUUAAAGUUCCCUACGACAGUGCAAUGCUGCCAGUCUGAUUACAUAACACUGAAAUAGAUACCCAUAAAAGAAACGCAUACAUAGACUCUCAACAUAGAAUGUUUCAGCUGAAAUAAGUUUAAUAUAGAACAGAAGAAUGUCCAGUAGAUGUUUUCUAUAGACAGGUGGCCAGUUGGAUCGACAGCAGAAUAAAAUUCAUCUUCACUUCUCAGAAUGGAUGACAAAGAGUUAACUGCAUGAAGCCAAUGAACAUCUGUAGCGGCUGAGCUAACCAGUAACGUGCUGGUUAAUUAGGAACAAGCUGCUCAGCCACUAUAAUACACCAAGCUACGUGACUUUGACAUGCAGUGCUGGCCUUGGAAAGCUAGCAGGUCAUAUGAAACUAUAGGCUAAGAGAAGUCAAAUGCAGAAGGACUAAUACAGUGGUUUCUUCUGUUUUGGAUUUGGAAUUCAGAUUGGGACAUUAUCAGCAGAAUAUCUUUCCAGUAAUGAUGGGACAGAUUCUCACGGCUAUGACUUGUGAGCGUUCAUGUCAUCAGACAAGUGAAGAUGGCAGCUGCUGCUGUAACAACAAGACAGUCACCGCUAGUUAAAUGGCUCCUGUUGGCCAGAUUAUUGAGACACCAUGUCACUGUUUAAAGAUUUCACUAAGACGUCUUCCAGGUGGUGAAGACCUACAGCGUGGUCGCUGCCUGGCACAGCUGCAGCUCACUCUCAGAAUGUGUUCAUUCCAGAAAUUUCACCUCCUGCACAGAUAAAAGCCUCCAGUCUCAGAGUGACCACAGUCAGAGACUGGAAGCUGUGUUUUCAUGGCUGUUCCUGUAGUUUCAGUGAUUAAACUGCAUAAGCACAUGAUUCCUGUGUGGAGAUGCCCAGAGCAGCACAAACAGCCAUUAUAAAGUGGUGACUGAAGCCAUAUGUCCAUGGGUAGUGAUGGAUGUUAUGUUAUAUUUAUCUGGUUGAAUAAUAAACAGUUAUUUGAGUGUGGUGUUUUGAAGCUUAAGGAAAAAGUGGAGUUUAUUUGCCUGUAUAAAUGAAUUAACUUGUUUUAUUUACAUUGGUGCACUGUUCCUGUUUGUGGAGAACGUGAAGGGCUGCAGGCACUAGAUGAAUUUAUAUAUAUGUAUAUAUAUACUAGUUUGGUACAUGGAGGAUUAGCAGCACACCACUCUGCGUGUGAUGCUGAGAGGAUGUUUCUUAUCCCCACAGCAUCAUGUCUGUUGGAUUAAUUCACAGAAGCUGAGUGACUGCAGGCGUUAUUGGUACUUUAAGUUUUCAUUUUAUGGAAACAAAAUGCAUUGUAUUUAUUAUAUAGAGAACAGUAAAGCUGUGGGUUGAGUAAAGUGUUAACUUCUUCAUAUUCUCUGAAUUAAUUCCAGCAGUGAAGUUUUUUUUUUGCGGUUGUUACGUUUUUUUACAUUUGUGCUGAUGUGGGUGGAUUAAUUUUUCUGAUUUGUGUACGAUGUUUGACAGCAUGAACGUCUGAGGUAUUAAAUGCAGUUUAGGGGUGUUGUGGGUUCUGCAGUGUCGUUGCUUAACGUUGAAAGUCUUACAGGAGAAACGUGAGGACCUAACGUGACCUGAACCUGAAAAGAUCCAUGCUGCUCUCAUGUGUGUAUUAAAAAUGAAAUAAAACAGAAUAUUUGUUGGUCCAUG